UAAACUGGCUCUACUUUCUGGUCGCAGUCGGUUCUCUGUGGUUGAGACGGCUUCACCGGAUUGCCUUCAGCACUAGCUUUCUGCUGCCCGCUGAAAGUCUGGCUUAAUUUCUCUUGCUCCGACGUUCCUCAAACAACGAGAACUCCAAAAAAGACGAAGCCUUGAAUUUAGGACACACUACGUUUGUGAAUCGCGUCCGAAAAGCAACAAAAGCUCUUCAAAGUUCAACUUCAACUCAAGCAAAGCGCUCAGCUAGCAACCGCUUGCCAAGAUGUCGGACGAUCCGGAAUCAUUCUUGUCCGUUAGCCGCAAGGAUCAGUUGGAGGCGGCCGGCACCCAGUUCGACACCAAAAAGAACUGUUGGGUGCCUGACCAAAAGGAUGGUUAUAUUGCUGCCGAGGUGAUCAGCACCAAGGGGGAGCAAGUCACCCUCAAGACGGUCACAGGAAAGCAAGUGACCCUCAAGAAAGAUGACACCCAACAGAUGAAUCCACCGAAGUUUGAGAAGGUUGAAGACAUGGCUGGUCUGACCUUCUUGAAUGAGGCCAGCGUACUUCACAACCUGCGCUCUCGUUACUUCUCAGGUCUCAUCUAUACCUACUCUGGGCUGUUCUGUGUGGCCAUCAACCCCUACCGUCGCCUGCCUAUCUACACUGACAAGGUGGUGAUGCUGUACAAGGGAAAGAGGAGGAAUGAGAUGCCACCCCAUGUCUACUCAGUGGCUGAUAAUGCCUACCAUGACAUGUUGCAAGAUCAUGAAAAUCAGUCCAUGUUGAUCACCGGAGAGUCUGGUGCCGGAAAGACGGAAAACACCAAAAAAGUCAUCCAGUAUUUUGCCAACAUUGCUAGUUCUCAUGCGGGCAAAGGAGGCUCUGAGGAAGGGAAGAAGGGUAACUUGGAGGAUCAAGUCAUCCAGGCCAACCCACCUCUGGAGGCUUUUGGAAAUGCCAAGACCAUCCGUAACGACAACUCCUCGCGUUUUGGUAAAUUCAUCCGAAUCCACUUUGGUACCACUGGCAAGCUUGCGGGAGCAGACAUUGAGACUUAUUUACUGGAGAAGUCUCGUGUGAUCUAUCAGCAGCCGCUAGAGAGAUGCUACCACAUCUUCUACCAACUCCAAUCCGGGCAAAUUGCAGGUCUCAAUGAGAAACUCUUGCUAACUGGAAAGCCCACUGACUACAGAUUUAGCAGCCAGGGAAAGACCGAGAUUGACAACGUUGAUGACAAGGAGGAGAUGAAGAUCACUGACGAUGCCCUGAACGUCUUGGGUUUUGAGGAGGAUGAGAAGUUAAGUCUGUAUCAGUUGACGGCUGGCAUCAUGCACUUUGGCAACAUCAAAUGGAAGCAGAGGCCAAGGGAGGAGCAGGCUGAAAUUGAAUCCACUGACACUGCUGACAAGGUUGCCUAUCUGCUGGGUGUAAACUCGGCUGACUUGGUCAAGAAUCUCUUGCGACCACGCAUCAAGGUCGGCAGUGAGUAUGUGCAGCAGGGACGUACCAAGGAACAGGUGGCCUACUCUGUAGGUGCCUUGUGCAAGGCCAUCUACGACCGUAUGUUCCGCUCCCUUGUUCACCGUGUCAACAAAACUCUGGAUACCAAGGCAACUAAACAGUACUUCAUUGGUGUCUUGGACAUUGCCGGAUUUGAGAUCUUCGAGUUCAACUCCUUUGAGCAGAUCUGCAUCAACCUGACAAAUGAGAAGCUGCAGCAGUUCUUCAACCACCACAUGUUUGUCCUUGAGCAGGAGGAGUACAAGCGUGAAGGCAUCCAGUGGGAUUUCAUUGACUUUGGUCUAGACCUGCAGGACACCAUCACUCUCAUUGAAGGACCCAUGGGUGUCUUCAUGGUCUUGGAGGAGGAAUGCAUGUUCCCCAAGGCCACUGACAAGACCUUCUUGGAAAAACUGAUCAAGAACAACGCUGACAAGCCUGCUGUCUUUGGCACACCCGGUGUUGGUAGCAAGAAGAAGAGCGGAGCCGAGUACCACUUUGAAAUCCACCACUAUGCCGGCACUGUGGGCUACAACGUGGAUUUCUGGCUGGACAAGAACAAGGAUCCCCUGAAUGAGGCCGUUGUGGAACUCUUCCGCAAAUCAACCAUGGUGCUUCUUCACACCCUCUUUGCUGAAAUUGCCACAGCCGGAGGUGGCCGUAAGAAGGGCGGUUCUUUCCAGACCGUAUCUGCUCUUCACAGGGAACAACUGAACCGUCUGCUGGCAACCCUAAUGAACACCAAGCCUCACUUUGUACGCUGCAUCAUCCCCAAUGAGAACAAGAAGCCAGGUGUCAUUGAUGCCCGCCUGGUACUUCACCAACUGGCCUGUAACGGUGUGCUGGAAGGCAUCCGUAUCUGCCGCAAGGGAUUCCCCAACAGGAUGCCUUUCUCUGACUUCAAGCAGAGAUACAUGAUCUUGGCUCCUAGCUCUGUACCCCAAGGUUUCAUGGAUAGCCGCAAGGCUUGUGAUCUACUGCUCAAGUCUUUGGAUCUGGAAGCCAACGAGUACCGCAUGGGUCACACCAAGGUGUUUUUCCGUGCUGGUGUUCUUGGUCAGCUUGAGGACAUGCGUGAUACCCGCCUGUCCAGAAUCCUCUCCCUCCUACAAGCUGUCUGUCGUGGCUACCUCAUGCGAAGAAUCUACAAGAAAAUCUUGGACCAGAGAGUUGGUCUAGCUGUCCUUCAGCGUAACAUCCGCAAGUACCUGGUCCUGCGUAAUUGGGGUUGGUGGCGCCUGUACACCAAGGUCAAGCCGCUGCUGAACGUGGCCCGUGCCGAGGAUGAGAUGAAAGCCAUGGAUGAAGAACUGCAGAAGGCCAAGGAUAAGGCCCUGAAGGAGGAGAAAGAGAGAAAACUACUGGAAGAUAAGAAUUCGGAGCUCAUGAAAGAGAAGAAUGACAUGUUCAUGCAGCUGCAGCAGGAACAAGAUAAUGCUGCUGACAUUGAGGAGAAGCUGUCCAAGGUCAUGAGCCAACGCGUUGACAUGGAAACUCAACUUGCUGAGCUUCAAGCCCGUCUGGAGGAUGAAGAAGAUUCAAACGCAGAUGUCAGCGCAUCCAAGCGCAAGCUGGAGACGGAGUGCGGGGAACUCAAGAAGGACAUUGAGGACUUGGAGAUCACCUUGGCUAAGGUCGAGGAUGAGAAGAAAGCCAAGGACAGUCAGAUCAAGAUGCUGAAUGAGGACCUGGCUGCUCAGGAUGAAGUCAUCGCUAAGCUGAGCAAAGAGAAGGCUUCACUGGAAGAGACUAACCAGAAAACUCUUGAACAACUUCAAGCUGAAGAGGACAAGUGCAACCACCUGACUAAGGUCAAGGCCAAGCUGGAGUCUACUGUUGAUGAGCUUGAGGACAGCUUGGAGCAUGAGAAGAAGGCCAGGGCUGACGUUGAGAAGGUCAAGAGGAAACUGGAAGGUGACCUCAAGAUGACCCAGGAGACAGUGGAGGAAUUGGAGCAUGCUAAGCGUGAAAUGGAGGAAACUAUCAAGAAGCGUGAUUAUGACCUGAGUCAGCUGAACAGCAGACUGGAGGAUGAACAGAGCCUGGUUGCACAGCUACAGAAGAAGAUCAAGGAAUUGCAGGCCCGUAUUGAAGAGCUUGAAGAUGAGUUGGAAGCCGAAAGACAGGCUCGUGCUAAGGCAGAAAAGCAGCGUGCCGAGUUGGGCCGUGAGCUUGAUGACCUCAGCGACCGUCUGGAGGAACAGGGUGGUGCUACCACUGCACAGAUCGAGCUGAACAAGAAGCGAGAAUCGGAGCUCAUCAAGAUGAAACGAGAGCUAGAUGAGGCCCAUAUGCAGCAUGAGACCUCUAUGGCAUCCAUCCGUAAGAAGCAACAGGAAACAGUUUCUGAGCUGUCUGAGAACCUGGACCAACUCUCCAGGACAAAGACCAAGAUUGACAAAGAUCGUCAGAUGCUGAAGGCAGAAGUGGAAGACAUGAAUACAAACGUUGAAAUGCUGCAGAGAGCUAAGAUGAACUCUGACAAGACAAUCCAUCAGCUAGAGGCUCAGCUGUCUGAACUCAAUGGCGCAAUGGAUGAGCGUAACCGCUCCAUCAGUGAGAUGAACUCCCAAAAGAACCGACUGACCAAUGAAAACUCUGAGCUGACUCGUCAGCUGGAGGAGUCUGAGAGCAAUUCUGGCCAGAUGAGCAAGAACCGCAUGCAGCUACUUGCCCAACUGGAGGAACUGAAGAGACAGCUGGAUGACGAGAGCAGGUCUCGCCAGUCCCUGCACCAGCAACUGAAGCAAGCUCAAAUGGACAAUGACUCCCUGCGAGAUCAGGUAGAGGAGGAGGCUGAGGGUCGUGCUGACCUGGCUCGUCAGCUGGCUAAGUCUAACCAGGAACUGCAGGCUAUGAAGGCUAAGUUUGAUGGGGAAGCUGUGCAUCGGGCCGAGGAACUGGAAGAACAGAGGAAGAAGCUGAUGGUGCGUUUGGCUCAACUUGAGGAGCAACUCAGCCAGGCAUUGACUAAGAACGGCAGCCUGGAGAAGGCUAAGGCUCGGCUUUCUGGGGAAGUAGAAGAUCUUAUGAUUGAUGUGGAAAGGGAAUCCAAUCGUGCCAAUGCAUUGGAGAAGAAGCAACGUAACUUUGACCAGGUCCUGGCAGAGUGGAAGGCCAAGGUAGAUGAACUGAGUAAUGAGCUGGAUGCUGCCCAACGUGAGGCUCGCCAGUACUCCACUGAACUGUUCAAGAUCAAGAACUCCUAUGAAGAAGUCAUUGAGACUGUUGAAAUCGUGCGCAGGGAGAACAAGACCUUGCAAGUUGAGAUCGUUGAGCUGACUGAGCAACUCGGUGAGGGUGGCAAGAGUGUCCAUGAGCUGGAGAAGGCUCGCAAGCGCCUGGAGAUGGAGAAAGAGGAGCUGCAAGCAGCCCUGGAGGAGGCAGAGAAUGCCCUGGAAUUGGAGGAAGGUAAAGUGGUCCGUGCUCAACUAGACUUGGCCCAGACCAAGAAUGAGAUUGAACGCCGCCUCAACGAGAAAGAAGAGGAGUUUGAAGCCACACGCAAGAACCACCAGCGCGCUCUGGAGUCCAUGCAAGCCAGCUUGGAGGCUGAGAGCAGGGGCAAAGCUGAGGCUCUGCGACUCAAGAAGAAACUGGAAGGCGAGGUCAAUGAGCUGGAGAUUCAGCUGGAUGCUGCCAACAGACAAAUAGCCGACCUCCAGAAGCAACUCAAGAAAUACAUGGCUGAUCUCAAGGAAUUGCAUGGCAACUAUGAGGAGGAGAUCCGUAUCCGUGAUGACCUACGCGACCAGCUGCAGUUGACAGAGCGUCGCUCCAACCUUCUCAUGGCUGAAUUGGAAGAGCAGCGUGCUUCUCUGGAACAUUCUGAAAGAUCCCGCCGACAAGCAGAAAAUGACUUGGCUGACCAGAGUGACCGUAUGACUGAUCUGACUGCAGCCAACCACAGCCUGACCAGCCAACGCCGCAAGAUGGAGGCUGAGAUCCAGACUAUGCAAGGCGAAUUGGAUGACUUGGGCAGUGAGGCACGCAACGCAGAUGAUCGCGCCAAGAAGGCUGUCUCAGAUGCCACUCGCAUGGCAGAGGAGCUUAGGGCAGAGCAGGACCACUCCAUGCACGUCCAGAAGAUGUACAAAUCAGUGGAGCUGACUGUCAAGGACAUGCAGUCAAGACUGGAGGAGGCUGAAGCUAUGGCUCUCAAGGGAGGCAAGACUACCAUCAUGAAACUGGAGAAGAAGUUGCAUGAGACUGAACGCGACCUGGAUGCUGAGACCCGUCGCCGCAGCGACCUGGACAAGGCUGUGAGGAAGCAGGAACGCCGUCUGAAGGAGAUCAUCCUGAACUCAGAGGAGGAACGCAAGACCCACGAUCGGCUUCAGGAACUCAUCGACAAACUUCAGAUCAAAUGCAAGAACUUUAAGAGACAAACCGAGGAAGCCGAGGAGAUGGCUAACCUGAACCUGAACAAAUUCAGGGGAGCUCAGCGUGAACUUGAAGACAUGGAAGAUCGCAUGGAGAUUGCUGAGAGCACUGUCAACAAGCUGCGUGCCAAGCAUCGUAGUGGGGUUGUUGGCUCCGGAUCCACCACCCGCAUCACCACGAAAACUACCAGUGGAUCCUCCUCUGUCAUGAGGAGUGCGUCCUCAUCUUCUCGCCAUUAGAUGUCUCAUCACCACCAUCCCAGCAUAUCAUUCUAGAUCUCAAUGGGUGGUUUCAGCCGAUUCCCUUUGCCAACCCCUCGGGCUAGUGCUUCCCCAAGUAAUGAACGCAGUAGCCGCAGCAACCGCAGUAGUCGCAGUUCCGUAACAUCAACCAAUGGAAAGGACCAGCAAGAAGAAGAAGAAGAAGAAGAAGAAGAAGAGGAGGAGAGAGGAGGAGGAGGAAUAGGUUGAUGAUACGGACACUGAUUGUUCUUAGCAUCUAUAAUAGCAAUAUAGCUGUGUAUGUUAUUUAUGUAGUAUGAGGACAUGCAACUUUUGACAGAGCGAUAUUUUUGUGCUUCAUUUUCAGACAUUCAUUGUUUGUACAGUUAACACAAUCGUGUCACAGAAAACUUUUUUUCUUUUUUCUCUGAUCAAUCAGAAAUGAGUGUAUUAUUAUUCUCCUUUUUUUUGUAGGCCCCAAACCCCCAAAAUGCUUUGUGGGGGCGGAGCUAAUUGGGGGACAAAAGGCAAUAAUUCUAGUUUUUUUCCCACAAUUGAGUAUUCUAGUACAGUACUUUUAAUAUGAGUAAUACUAAAACAGGUGCAUUCAGUGUCAUGCAAUAGUUUGAAAAAGAUGAUUAGUUUAUUUAUUGGUUUUAAAGUAUUAUAUAACUUCAUAGUAUUUAAUAGUCUAUAGUAUUUAAUUUCACCAUUUAAAAUAUAAAACUUAUUUAUAUUUGUCAUUUAUAAGGACUUUCUCUUCUUAAAAAAUAUGCUAAUUAUACUAUAAAAAUAUUCACCAUACUUUUGCUGGUUUGACAAAGUAUGACUGUAUUAAAAUGUUUAAAAUGGUAUCACAGUCAAAGAAAAUGAAGGCAAGGAUUCGGCUGAAUAGAUUCGGAGCCUAAAAUCUUGACCUUUUGACCUGGGAACCAUGUUUGAAUAAAUUAAAAUGCUGAUUGAGGAUUAACCAAUCGGAUGAAGCCAGUACAAAGUUUUUGAUGUAACCGGAGUGAAACUGCAUGUAACAAGGGUUAGUUAAACGGUUUAUAGAAAACCUGUGUGGUUUUUGUUGAAAGCAAACCGUCCAGUGGUUUUUCGAGACUCACCAAGUGGUUUGAUGAACAAGGAGAUGACAAGAUGCGACUUUAACCAAAUCAGUUUUUACAUAUGAAGGUUGUUGGGGAAGAAUUCUUUCGUAGAAGCACACCGGUUUUAAACAAUGAAAGGUUUAGAUGUUUGCAGUUAUGUAGUGAGAAGAUGAAUUGAGUAAUACGCCAAUCUGGGCUGAAUGAUAUGCAGAUGUUUUUGUAACGGUACCUAUAAGGAGCCUAUGUCACCGUAAUUUCCCUCACAAAUAUUGCAAGUGAUUGUAUUUUAAUGGUAGCUCUUAGUGGUACUUACCUCGUGUGUAAUCAGUCCUUUAUUUUUCAAAUCAUGUAUCUUAACUUUGGUGCAUACUUCAUACUUAAAGAAAGUUGUUUGGAAUUGUUAAAUAACGAGUACAAUUGUCUCAUUCCAAACUGAGGACAUUUAAUUGUAACCUUGUAUUCUGGAAAACGUGAACCGUGGGCAUGAUUGAAAACCAAGUAAUGGAAAAUUGAAAUCUGAUAAGUGUAAAUACACAACAGAUCACUGGUUUAUCGUAUGAGGAGUGGAAAACUUUGUUUGGAUAGUUGACGUGUAUUAUAAACCGCGUUUUACUAGUAACUAGUUCACUUGGAACCGUUUGAAAUAUAGAAGAGGUGGAGGAGACUUGGGCUGGUUACCACCCAUGAGGUUUGGACUGGUGGAGGCAUUGAAACAAUGUAAACUACGUUUGGCAUGGUAUAAUAGGAUGCAGUAACUAGACUCUUUAUAACUGCGUUAUCUAAACUAGAUAUUAAUUAAACCGGUUUUUAGGUUAGGUAUAGUUGAUGGUUUAUGAUGUGAAACCUAAUGUGGCUUUCAUGGCAAUCGAUUGCUUCAUUGUAUGAGUUGUUCGUGUAUGUCAUGUGGUCGUUUCCCCUUUGAAAACAAUGCUAAUGAUUAAACAUGCGUGGGUUGGUACCAAUUCGCUAUUUAACAAAAUAAAAAAUUGUCAAAGAA